UAGAGGCGGUCAUUCCGUAUUUCAAUUGCCGUGGGUUGGUUGGAUUGCAUGAGUACCAAGUUUUUUCAUAUAUAAGUCAUGUUAUGCUACAUAAAAAAGCACGAAAUAAAUACCAAAACCAUUAAUUUAGCGUUCUCUGUUUUGUAGUAUACACGUUGGCUCUGUUGUUGCUUUGUAAUUUGAUCUUUGAUCCCAACAACUGUAGUAAAGCUCAACGAAAUGUCAAGUCACAGUGCUUCAUGCUCAAGUGACAUUUCAGUCGACCUAACCGAUGCCUUUCGAAGUAUGAUACUGAACAAGCGUUUCGUCUUCUGGGAUGAUUUUGAAAGCGCCUUAAAAGAGUUCCAAAAAGUAUGGAAUUAUAAUUUUAUCGCUUCUCAGACUACUUAUACUCGUUACAUCCACACAGAAAGCAGAUUGCUGAAGGAUGUCAGGUUCAAAUACCUGUUUGUAUCAUUUAAUUGUACGUUUGGUCAUAAGAGGAAAUCGGAAGGUUUGAAAGUGAGGCAAAAAUCGUCUAAAUUCCGUAAUUGUCGAUCUAAAUUUCGUGUAAGACUAGAGGAGCAAGGAUAUGUCAUCAAAUCCUACAACAUGCUCCACAAUCAUCCAUGUAGUAGUUCAUGGAUGGUAUGUGAUCCAUUGACAAGGAGAUUAUCGUCAGAAGAAAAAGAGAACUUGAAGCCCGUAAUACUUCACUGUGAGUCAGCAGAUGAAGUUAUCGAAAGCAUUAAGGAGAGAACUGGUAAGCAAGCAACUGCUGCCGAUGUCAAAGGUAUGAAAGCUACACUCUCCACUGGUAAGUGUAUAUAAAUAUAUUUCAGGUUGUUUUACUCGGAACCAGGUAAUGGAUAUGCUUAGACAGAGAGGCGAAGUGAAGGAAC